AGAUAUGGGUGAGCUUUUAGGUGUUGGGGUAAAUGAUGUUCGCAUGGUAGGUAUAUGGGGGAUUAGGGGAAUAGGUAAGACAACAAUUGCCAAAGCAGUUUAUAAUUCAAUUGCCCAUCAGUUUGAAGGCAGUUGUUUUCUGGAAAAUGUUAGAGAAAACUCAGCGGCACCUAGAGGCCUGCUCCAACUACAGAAGACUAUUCUUUAUGAGAUUCUAGGGGGAAAAGAAUUGGAGGUGACAAGCGUUGAUAAAGGUAUCAAUGUAAUAAAGCAAAGGUUGAGUCAUAAAAAGGUUCUCUUAAUGUUUGAUGAUGUGGAUCAAUUGGACCAAUUAAACAAAUUAGUUGGAAGGUCUGAUUGGCUUGGUUUGGGUAGUAGAAUUAUCAUAACAACAAGACAUAAGCAUUUGCUAACGUCUCAUCAAGUUGACUUAAUGUAUGAGGUCAAGGAACUAGAUACUUAUGAAGCUUCUGAGCUCUUCAGCUAUCAUGCCUUCCCGGAAAAAGGACUUCCAGAUGAUUAUAAGAACCUUGCAGUAAGUCUAGUAGAUUAUGCUAAGGGGAUCCCAUUAGCUCUCACGGUUACUGGUUCGCUUCUAUGUGGUAGAAGUGUAGAUGAGUGGCAAGCUGUAUUGGAUUGUUACAGAAGAGCUCCUGCCCUGGAUACUGAUGAAAUCCUCAAAAUAACCAAAUAUGCUCUAGAACAUCCGGAAGUAUCCAUGGAAACUGCCCCCGUGAGGAUUGAAGAAGAACAUGUUCAAAUGCAUGACUUGCAAGAAGAAAUGCAUAUAGAAACUGCUCGACAGGAUGUUCGUGAGGAUGUUAACAUUGGAACAAUUGGAAUUCAACGCCAAGAAAGUUUGCCUGAGCAACCAGAUGAGAUACGGUCUAGUGCUAAAAGCUUCGUAAGUAAGGUAUUUUCAGCGGAGUGGAUGUUUUUAAUCGUUAGCCUGAUGCUAGAGAUCUUUUCAGCUAUAUGUGAUCAGCUUUCCUCCCCAAGAAAGCCCCUCUAUGCACUCUUUGGUAUGGGGCUGGCUAUUAUGGCUCUAGCCACUUGCAUCUGGGAAUUCAUUCACAAAGGCAGAAGAGGAAAUGUUCAAUUUGGCAAGUGCGGAAUAUUGCUGUGGUGGUUUUAUUGUCCAAGUUCAGGCACCCUUUUUGGUACUUUCCCUGAGAUUUGUGGAUUAAUUUAUGCAAUCACUCAGUGGGCUUCCUCCAUGGUUCAGUUUGUGUGCGUGCUUCGGCAUAAGGACAAUCCUUUCAAAGUAAACAUUUUGCCUGCCCUUUUUCUACUGUGUUUGGUUGUUUCAAAAUUAAUUCGGAAUGCAAGGGGCAGAACAAGAGAGGAGACCAGUGAGAUGGAAUUGGAAUCCAUUGCUGUUGACUCUUGAGCUAGACUACGAACUUGUAAUGUCUUUGUAACUUUGCAGCUUAGAAGAUUGCUUUUGUCAUGCCCAGCAAAAUUUUGACAUGCAUGCAGUUUAGCCAAAAAAUAAAAUAUA